GACACUUCUGGAGAACAACAUCGUGGCAACGAGUGGGCGGCGAUGGGCGGGCCCAACGGAGGGGCGGGCGAGAUGGAACGUCCAGGAAGGCCUCCGGGGAUGGGCGGCCACGACGCCCGAUACCUGAAGCAAAACUGGGCGCUGUCGAUGGGCGGGCCCAACGGAAGGUUCGGAAGGGCAAAACGCCCUGGAAAGGCUCCGGGAAUGGGCGGACAAUCCGCCCGUAACCUGGAGCAGAGUCAGGACGAAGAGGAAGCAGUCCCUAGGAUGGUGGAGGAAUACCAAAUGGCAAGGAACCUGGAGGAGAGUCAGGUCGUGGAAGAAGUGGCUGCCAGAGACAGGAGGAAGGUGACGGAGCGCGUCUGGCAGCACCUGGCCAGCGUGCCGUGCAUGGAUCACGAACACACCGAGCCCGUUAUCGUACCGCAGACGGUUGCGACGUGGGAGCCGAACACAGAAUACGUCCCAGCCAAGGAAGCCUACCUCACCACCGGCGGCGACUACGGCAGGUUCCCGAGGGGCGCCGAGUUCCUGGGCAGGCCCUGCGUCAGUCACUCCCUGAACACUCGCUUCACUCACCAUCUGGCUGCGUCAGGCAUGUAUAGGAAUCAUUCACUAAACACGUAACAAAGGACCGUUCAGAAGUCCUAAGGAAGUCUUAAUGGAUUGCUUUUUAUUGAAGGGAAAUUAACUGUUUUGUGUUUUCUUCAUGUGAAUAUUCUUAAUUUUAAACGUGAAUACUUUUAUGAAUGAUUUUUCAAUGUAGGUAACCCCAUUCACCCACUGGAUACUGAUAAAUAUUCCUUUUAGGAGUAGCUUGAUAUUCGGGUCAUGUGUACCUUACGCACAGGUCAGGUACACAUACAUUUAAUCUACCACUACUUAAAACAGGUACAGGUACGUUUGCGGUACAUCUUCAUUAGGCAGAAUUGGUAAAACUCUUAUGUUUUUUGCUACGCAUUAUUAGACUUUCACUAUUUCAAUUAUUGAAAGAAAUUAAAACAUAUUUCAGAAAAAACACCUCCGUCCAUAUAUUUUCUGGUCAACAAAGAUAACCACUAGGCCUAAAGCUGUGAAAAACAAACACACUUCUAUUUUACGUCACAAAACACAAACAAUUGUUCAAAAACCACUAAAGUGACAAUCUUUGAACACACGAACCUUUUCUCCUCACAACAGAAUGGAUUCUUCCAAAAUCUCCGGUGCCUGAGUGAGGUUUCGUAAGCAAACGGCACAUCAGGAGGAGGCAAAGUGCGAAAUUCUCUUGUAACUCCAGAGAGCAUUGUUAUAAAUAGCCACAAUCUGGCUAUUUAUAACAAAGUAAAGACCACUUACAAUACGGAUAUAGAUAAUGGCUAAAGAAUUCAAUGCUCGCAGUUUCCUUUUUUGAAGAGUUUCAUUUCUGCAUGUACCAUAGGUCUAGAGAUAAAACCUCGGUGUCAUGAGCUUAAACUAUAGAGCAUAAUGAGAGGACAGAAGUGCGGAAAAUCAUGAAUGAACAUAUACGACAUUUUCCAGGCAAUCACGCCAACUGUUAUAUAAAGUCAAAUAUGAACGAAGAUCUAUAACACAUAAACUCACACAGACCUCAUCAUCACUUAGGACCUAGACCCAUAACGCUGCUUCCAUGUGCGCCUUAGACAGUAAUCUGGAAUUGUCUUCUAGGUCACCAAAAAUUAAUUACUGCUUUACAAAUUUCUUUGAAGUGUGCGCUUCACUGCUUUAACUGAUAAAACUGCCGAUACUACAGCAUUCGAAGAGCUUUGUGCGAUUUUACAUAUGGAUUCAGUCUAAAAAUAUUUCUAGCUUUUGUUUAGCUUUCUAACCAACUCGGUUCAUAAUGCUUAUUAUUAUUCUCUUCUAGGCAAUGACUUCCAGAGAAGAUUUAUUAUAUAAACUUUGCGAUGACGGCUUCCAGAUAUUGCAUGAUAAUAAAUGACAUAAACAUUCAGAUACUCCAAGCGUAAGUGGAUACACAUUCACUGGCCUGCCAAGUGCUCAUCCUCAAGUUAAGCUGAUUUUGCAUCAAGUGACACUUGAUGAAGAGACCAUAAUAACAUACCUCGAAUUCUGAGGGGAUCGAAUUCGGCAUGAGAAUGGGAUCUUUCGUAGAUAGUGACCCCCGAACUUUCUGGUGGUCAUUAUCUUUAUAAUAUUUAUAGUCUUUUGUUUAUGUUUUUACGGUCAUCCCCAACGGCCUUGUACUAAACACGCCGAGAAGGUGGAUACAUACCGGGUUACAACCCGUGGAGGUCACUAUACAGCAACGAUCCUGAUAAUGUUAAGAAAGAAAUGCUGUUUACUUCACUGCAGAAUAACAAUUACCUAGAGGUCUUUUGAGACCUAAUAGCUUAAUAACUAUAUUUAGUGAGUAUUAGAUUUUCCUAAUUUCUUUGUACUUUGGUGAACAUAAUGUUACAAGAGGUGCACUAGUAAUUUCAAAGCACCAACUUACAGAAAGCGUUUCAAAACGAUGGUGAUGCAUAAUCUUUGAAAGAUACUAUUAAGGUAGCAAUUCUGAAAUGUGUCUGAAGACACAAUAUGAGCAUCUUUACCUACCUCACUGGGUUACAGAACAUGCAAGUGAUAUUUCCAUUUUUACCACAUAAGACGAAAUAUGCUGACAAUCAACUGAAUUAUUCCUGCGUGAGCAAAUAUAUUGUUCAGGUGAGAAAAGCAGUCAACUGUAACAAUAUACUUGGGAUGAGCAAUCUAUUAAGGUAUACUCAACAGGGCCUCAAGAGAAAAUACAAUUUCUCACGGCUAGAAUCAAUCUUAAAACUGUCUUCUGCCAGUAUCUUAUAGUUCUGAUCGAUCACCAUAAUGGAAAACUGUUCCACUCCAUCGUAUUAAUAUAAUCAGUUCGUACUCAGUCUAAAGUCUGUUUCUAGACCUCCCAGUAUCAUACUGUUUUGAAAUAGGACAUACACAGUCUACAGUUUGAUUCCAGACUUUCCAAUACCAGUCUUUUGAAAUAGUACCAACAGGCAGGCUGUCAUACUCCAGCGGACUAUAACCAAUUCAUACUCGGCCUAUAGUCCAAUUUCAGGCUUCAGAACACUGGUCUCAUCUUCCAUGACAGUAAUCUUAAUUAUAUAUAUUCACCAGUUAUGCAUUACAUUAUCUAUACGUUUCUAGCGCUUCCCAUAGACUUAUCAUUUGUAUAGAGCAAAGCCGCUAUUCUUCCACCACCUAAUAUGUGAAUACCUCGUGCACAUGCGCACAUUUACAUAGUUCUGGCGCACAAAACGUUUUUAUAUAUUGUCAAAGUUUAUUUUGACUGUUUUGUAUAGUUUGUAGUUUAAAAUAAUUCUAGAUUUUGUUAGUUUGUAUAGUCUUUAGCGUGUCAAUAAACAAAGUGCAAC